CCGCCCGCGCGACAACUGCCUAGCUCUCAGUCACCAGAAUGACCUGCUAAGCGGACUGCAAUGCCCGCUAGGACAAUCAACGAUCUCUCGAACUGCAAUCAGGUAGAUCAAGUUCAUUGCAGAGUCUAUGGCGCGCCCACGAGCUGCGUCGGGCGCUGACGCCCCCAAAGAACCCCACGCGGUUUCCCUGAAAGUUCUACGUCUCUCCCGACCGUCCCUGUCUUAUCAAUCCCCCCUCCCCAUCGCCAACACCAAGAUCUCCCCAAAGGCCUCCCUAAGCUAUCCAUCCGCCGACUCCGAUGCUCAAUUCAUUCUUACGCCUAUCCUCACCCUCCCCCCAGCAUUCGGAUCAGUCUACGUCGGCGAAACGUUCGCCUGCACACUCAGCGCCAACAAUGAGAUUUCCCCAGAUGACUUAGGCCGAGUCGUAACCUCCGUGCGCAUCGUUGCCGAAAUGCAAACCCCGUCAUCAGUCGCAACCCUCGAUCUCGACCCCGCCAGCGAUACGGCUCAAACGGACGGCCUUGACAUUGGUGAGUCUCUACAGAAGAUCGUGCGCUAUGAUCUCAAGGAAGAGGGGAAUCACAUUCUCGCCGUGAGUGUGAGUUACACCGAGAAUAGGAUUGGCGAGAAUGCUCAGGCGGCGAGUGGUCGUGUUCGCACGUUCCGGAAGCUAUAUCAGUUCGUUGCGCAGCCGUGUUUGAGUGUGCGCACCAAGGCAUCGGAAUUGCCGCCUUUGGAGGUGGAUAAUAAGUCUCUUGGUCCGUAUGGAAAGACUCGGUUACUUCGGUUUGCCUUGGAGGCGCAAUUGGAAAAUGUAGGGGAUGGUGCAGUGGUUGUCAAGCAAACCCGACUCAACCCCAAACCACCGUUUAAAUGCCAAUCUCUCAACUGGGACGCAACAACCGCCGAUCCCACCGCAGCCGGACCACCAACCCUUAACCCACGCGACGUCCUUCAAGUCGCCUUCCUCAUCGAACAAGAAGAAGGCCGCACAGAAGGUCUCGAAACUCUACAAAAAGAUAUCCGACGCGACGGCCGCGCCACCCUAGGCCAAUUAUCCAUCGAGUGGCGUGGCGCCAUGGGUGACAAGGGCUUCCUCACAACCGGCAAUCUUAUGAGCCGGAAACGCACCUGAAACACGGUGUAAGGGCCGGCGGGGCACUUGGUCCCGUCGUGCCACGACAUGUCCACGGCAUGCUAUCCGAGUCUCCCAAUCAUACAAUCACGUUCAGUGCAGGGCACGAGUGCGUUUGGUGCAAGGGUUAUCUCGGCUCGGAUGGGAAUGUAUGACGAAUGAAAGUACAUAAUUUGCGAGUUUUUGUCUUGGUAACUUCGAUUUGGAUAUAUUCAUUUGGCGAAAUCGGCGUCUUGCAAUUUAUCUGUAUACCGUACUUGGAAUACCCUGUCAAGGCUGAUCAGGCCCUCACAUGAGUAAACUUCCUCCAUGCCUAGGCUGAUCCCUGUCCGGAUCCGCAAUUUAU